GAGGGAUUGAGAGAGGGAGUUAGAGAAGUAGAGAAAGAGAGCGAGGUAGAGAGAGAGAGGGAGGUAUAGAGGUAGAGGAAUUGAGAGAGGGAGUUAGAGAAGUAGAGAGAGAGAGAGCAAGCUAGAGCUAACAACCAGGGAUCAGAGACACAUGGACACUAUUAGAAGAUCACUGCUGAGACAGCCUUCCUCCUCUUCCUGCUCUAUCUACCAUCGUCACUCAGUAGGAGGGGCCGAGGGUAACGAGGUGGGUGGGAUUGAGUUGAAGCUCGACCAACCAGAGUCCGAGGAGGAGCUGGAAGCGGAGCCUAAAGGUGACAUCACUGCCUUGGUGUUACGGCAACCGCUGCAUCACAGGAAGACCGUAAUCUACCUAUGUCUUUCAGCACUCAUAUUCACUACAGCGUUUCUAUUGGGCUACGUGGCUUCCCGUGGGUCGUGCCACUAUUGUGGUGUUGAGGGGGAGAUGGUCCCUGCGAAGGAUAAGCCUGGAACUGACCAUGACAACCUGGUGGGGGGAAUGUACCUGGGGGAACUACGGGACAUGCUGAAGAAAUACCUGCAAGACGAGAAGAUAGAGAGCACUGUCAGGCGAGUCAGCAGGACGACCCACCCAUCAGGGUCCUCGGAGGGCACAACUCUGGCAGCAGAGAUACUAGAGACGUUUAAAGAUCUCCACAUGGACCACACCUGGACCGACUCACACUAUGCUACACUACAGUUCCCCUCCAGGAUCCAGAGGAACUCUCUAUGGAUGGUGGAUUCACAGGGAGAGGUGUUGGAGGAGAUUCCUCUGGAAGAUCCAGACUCCUACUGUGCCUACAGCGCCACCGGCACCGCCACGGGGGGCGUGGUGUAUGUAAAUUACGGCCGACAGCAGGAUUUUGACUGGCUGCAGUCUGCGGGAGUGUCUGUGGUUGGCUGCGUUGUAGUGAUGCGUGUGGGGGGCGGGGUUAGUUAUGCUGAGAAGGUGCUAUUGGCUCAGAAGGCUGGAGCAGGCGGAGCCUUGAUCUAUCCAGAUCCUGCUGACAUCCCUCAGGACCCUCGACGCCUGGGGCUGAACAGUUACACCGCUAUAUCAGAACACGUCCAUCUGGGAUCAGGUGACCCCUUCACCCCUGGCUUCCCCUCCUUCAACCACACCCAGUUCCCGCCCACACAGUCCUCUGGCCUGCCUGUCAUCCCUGCUCAGCCAAUCAGUGCCAACGUAGCCUCCAAGCUACUCAGUCAGUUGACCGGUCCAGUGUGCCCGCGCGGUUGGCAGGGCCGGCUGCCAUACGUCCGUUGUGUCCUGGGGCGGGGCUUCACCUCUGCAGACGGCAGAAGGAUCAGGAUGGGGGUCUAUAACACCAUGACUCCUGUUCUACUGAACAACAUCUUCUCUUCUCUGGAGGGAAGGAUAGAACCUGACCAGUACAUUAUAAUGGGGGCCCAGAGAGAUGCGUGGGGGCCGGGGGCGGUGAAGGCCGGGGUUGGAACAGCCAUCCUACUGGAGCUGGCUCGGACCUUCAGCAACAUGGUGCAGAACGGUUUCUACCCCAGGAGGAGUCUGUUGUUUGUCAGUUGGGACGCUGGAGACUUUGGGAACGUUGGUGCCACAGAGUGGUUGGAGGGUUACCUGUCCAUGCUACACCUGAAGGCUGUGGCGUACUUCAGUCUGGACCAGGCGGUUAUGGGUGAUGAUAACCUGUCGGCCUACACUAGUCCUCUACUGCUCGAUCUAAUAGAAUCAGCCAUCAAACAGGUGGAGCAUCCUAAACACGCAGGCCAGACCAUCUACAGCCAGGCAGAGAAAGAGGGGGGCAGCUGGAAGAUUAUUAAACCAUUGUACCUGAACAGUGGGGCGUAUAGUUUCACAGCCUUUGGAGGAGUUCCUGCUAUGGAGCUACGCUUCAACGAGGACUCCCGCCCCUACCCGUUUGUCAACACCCCAUUGGACACCUCCGGGCGACUCCAGGAAGUCCUGGGGGGUCGUCUGGGUGUCGUAGGGCGGAGCCUAGGAGAGCUGGUUGGUCUGAUGGUGCUGCGAUUGGCUCAUGACCACAUCCUGCCUCUACGCAUCACUACCUACUCCCAUACUGCACUGCAGUUCAGCGCCCAGCUCAACAAGCACUCUGCCGAGCUACAGGCUCGUGGUCUCUCUCCUCGGUGGGUGUUCAGUGCUCGAGGAGACUACAGCAGAGCAGCUGAGACCCUGCAGGAGGCCAUACUGAACUCUGAUGUACAGGACGAGACUAUGACACGUAUCUACAACACACGCAUGAUGAGGGUAGAGUAUUACUUCCUGUCCCAGUACGUGUCUGUGGUUGAGACUCCGUUCCGUCACGUUAUGCACGGUCGGGGGGAACACACUCUGAGUGCUCUCACCGAACACCUUUCUCUACUGACCUCCGACCCCAGGCGCUUCAACGAGGCCCUUUUCCGACGGCAACUAGCCCUGUUCACCUGGACAUUGCAGGGAGCCGCCAACGCUCUGAGUGGAGACAUUUGGAACAUAGACAAUGUCUUCUAACAUAAACACAUGUAGAGAUGCAUACACACACACACACACUAUACACACUCACAUUACACACACACACACUAUACACACUCUAUCUCACCUCUCUGUCCUGACAGUAUUUCUGGUGUAGGCAGACAGACACCUCUCUGUCCUGUCAGUAUUUCUGGUGUAGGCAGACAGACAACUCUCUGUCCUGACAGUAUUUCUGGUGUAGGCAGACAGACACCUCUCUGUCCUGUCAGUAUUUCUGGUGUAGGCAGACAGACAACUCUCUGUCCUGACAGUAUUUCUGGUGUAGGCAGACAGACACCUCUCUGUCCUGACAGUAUUUCUGGUGUAGGCAGACAGACACCUCUCUGUCCUGACAGUAUUUCUGGUGUAGGCAGACAGACACCUCUCUGUCCUGUCAGUAUUUCUGGUGUAGGCAGACAGACACCUCUCUCUCUUCUCUGAGGGGGUGUGUCUAAUUAAUCUGAAGAUGAGUCUCAAAUGGCACACUGUUCAUUAUGUAGUUUACUGCAUAGUCCAGUCUACUGCAUAGGGCUCUAGUCCAGUCUACUGCAUAGGGCUCUAGUCCAGUCUACUGCAUAGGGCUCUAUUCCAGUCUACUGCAUAGGGCUCUAUUCCAGUCUACUGCAUAGGGCUCUAGUCCAGUCUACUGCAUAGGGCUAUAGUCCAGUCUACUGCAUAGGGCUAUAGUCCAGUCUACUGCAUAGGGCUCUAGUCCAGUCUACUGCAUAGGGCUAUAGUCCAGUCUACUGCAUAGGGCUAUAGUCAAGUCUACUGCAUAGGGCUAUAGUCAAGUCUACUGCAUAGGGCUCUAGUCCAGUCUACUGCAUAGGGCUCUAGUCCAGUCUACUGCAUAGGGCUAUAGUCAAGUCUACUGCAUAGGGCUAUAGUCAAGUCUACUGCAUAGGGCUCUAAUCUAGUAUACUAUAGGGCUCUAUUCCAGUCUCGUGUACUACAUAGGGCUCUAGUCUAGUAUACUAUAGGGCUCUAUUCCAGUCUACUGCAUAGGGCUCUAUUCCAGUCUACUGCAUAGGGCUCUAUUCCAGUCUACUGCAUAGGGCUCUAAUCUAGUAUACUAUAGGGCUCUAUUCCAGUCUACUGCAUAGUGCUCUAUUCCAGUCUAGUGUACUACAUAGGGCUCUAGUCUAGUAUAAUAUAGGGCUCUAUUCCAGUACUGCAUAUGGCUCUAGUCUAGUAUACUAUAGGGCUCUAGUCUAGUCUACUGCAUUGGGCUCUAGUCUAGUAUACUAUAGGGCUCUAGUCCAGUCUACUGCAUAGGGCUCUAUUCCAGUCUACUGCAUAGGGCUCUAUUCCAGUCUACUGCAUAGGGCUCUAUUCCAGUCUACUGCAUAGGGCUCUAUUCCAGUCUACUGCAUAGGGCUCGAAUCCAGUCUACUGCAUAGGGCUCUAGUCUAGUAUACUAUAGGGCUCUAUUCCAGUCUACUGCAUAGGGUUCUAUUCCAGUCUACUGCAUAGGGCUCUAUUCCAGUCUACUGCAUAGGGCUCUAUUCCAGUCUACUGCAUAGGGCUCUAGUCUAGUAUACUAUAGGGCUCUAGUCCAGUCUAGUGUACUAUAUAGGGCUCUAGACCAGUAUACUAUAGGGCUCUUUUCCAGUCUAGUGUACUACAUAGGGCUCUAGUCUAGUAUACUAUAGGGCUCUAGUCCAGUCUAGUAUACUAUAGGGCUCUAGUCCAGUUUAGUAUACUAAAUAGGGCUCUAGUCGAGUUUACUAUAGGGCUCUAGAUCAGUCUAGUAUACUACAUAGGGCUCUAGUCUAGUAUACUAUAGGGCUCUAGACCAGUCUAGUGUACUACAUAGGGCUCUAGACCAGUAUACUAUAGGGCUCUAUUCCAGUCUAGUAUACUACAUAGAGCUCUAGACCAGUCUAGUGUACUAUACGGCUCUAAACCAGUAUACUAUAGGGCUCUAUUCCAGUCUAGUGUACUGCAUAGGGCUCCAGUCUAGUAUACUAUAGGGCUCUAGACCAGUCUAGUAUACUAUAGGGCUCUAGUCCAGUCUAGUAUACUAUAGGGCUCUAUUCCAGUCUAGUAUACUAUAGGGCUCUAGUCCAGUCUAGUGUACUACAUAGGGCUCUAGUCUAGUAUACUAUAGGGCUCUAGUCCAGUCUAGUAUACUAUAGGGCUCUAUUCCAGUCUAGUAUACUAUAGGGCUCUAGUCCAGUCUAGUGUACUACAUAGGGCUCUAGUAUAGUAUACUAUAGGGCUCUAGACCAGUAUACUAUAGGGCUCUAGACCAGUCUAGUAUACUACAUAGGGCUCUAGACCAGUCUAGUGUACUAUAGGGCUCUAGACCAGUAUACUAUAGGGCUCUAUUCCAUUCUAGUGUACUACAUAGGGCUCAAGUCUAGUAUACUAUAGGGCUCUAGACCAGUCUAGUAUACUAUAGUGCUCUAUUCCAGUCUAGUAUACUAUAGGGCUCUAGACCAGUCUAGUAUACUAUAGGGCUCUAGUCCAGUCUAGUAUACUAUAGGGCUCUAUUCCAGUCUAGUAUACUAUAGGGCUCUAGUCCAGUCUAGUGUACUACAUAGGGCUCUAGUCUAGUAUACUAUAGGGCUCUAGACCAGUAUACUAUAGGGCUCUAGACCAGUCUAGUAUACUACAUAGGGCUCUAGACCAGUCUAGUGUACUAUAGGGCUCUAGACCAGUAUACUAUAGGGCUCUAUUCCAGUCUAGUGUACUACAUAGGGCUCAAGUCUAGUAUACUAUAGGGCUCUAGACCAGUCUAGUAUACUAUAGUGCUCUAUUCCAGUCUAGUAUACUAUAGGGCUCUAGACCAGUCUAGUAUACUAUAGGGCUCUAGUCCAGUCUAGUAUACUAUAGGGCUCUAUUCCAGUCUAGUAUACUAUAGGGCUCUAGUCCAGUCUAGUAUACUACAUAGGGCUCUAGACCAGUCUAGUGUACUAUAGGGCUCUAGACCAGUAUACUAUAGGGCUCUAUUCCAGUCUAGUGUACUACAUAGGGCUCAAGUCUAGUAUACUAUAGGGCUCUAGACCAGUCUAGUAUACUAUAGGGCUGUAGUCCAGUCUAGUAUACUAUAGGGCUCUAGACCAGUCUAGUAUACUAUAGGGCUCUAGUCCAGUCUAGUAUACUAUAGUGCUCUAUUCCAGUCUAGUAUACUAUAGGGCACUAUUCCAGUCUAGUAUACUAUAGGGCUCUAUUCCAGUCUAGUAUACUAUAGGGCUCUAGUCCAGUCUAGUGUACUACAUAGGGCUCUAGUCUAGUAUACUAUAGGGCUCUAGACCAGUGUACUAUAGGGCUCUAGUCUAGUAUACUAUAGGGCUCUAGACCAGUCUAGUAUACUAUAGGGCUCUAGUCCAGUCUAGUAUACUAUAGGG